UCUUUACGCAUCACGUCUGCAGCAGAGGCACCGCGCCUCCUUCACCGCUGUGGCGCGAGCCUCUGACGCGCUCCGCCGCACAGCAAACCGCGACACGAGGUGAGCGCUGCACAAAACAACUAAUUUCUGUCCACGCGCGGGGAGAUUUUCAGUCAUAGGAUUUCACUUCCUUUUUUUUUUUUUUUUAUCGCCAGGAUGCUGCCCUUGAGUCGCACCGCUCUCCUGCGCCUGCAUCGGAUCAACGUGGCCGAAAACGAAGCAUCUUAAGACGGGCAUCUCCUCAACGAGCACUCCCCUCUCCACGGACCAGGCCAGCGCUCCAUCCCCGGACUCAGACUCGGUUCCAGCCAAACUCCUGCGUGUUUUCGUCUCGGUUCAGUUCGACUGCGUCAUGACGCGCGGGAGAGCUCCGGACAGGGGGUUGGACAGGGGCCUCCGGUGCCGGGGCUGGUGCCGGGGCUCGGUGUACUUGCUGUGGCUACUGCUGUACGUCCCUCCGGCGUGUGCGUCCUACUCGCCCCAGAGCGGAGAAUGCCGAGGCAAAGGCCGCGACUGCACAGACUUGUCCCAGAGGAAGAGUGACCUGCGCGUGUGUGAUGAGUGGAGCUGUCGAUAUGGGGGCGUGUGUAGAGAUGAUGGUGCUCAACUCAAGUGUGUCUGCCAGUUCCAGUGUGAUAAGGACUACAUCCCAGUGUGUGGAUCUAAUGGAGACACGUACCAGAAUGAGUGUUACAGACGCCAGGCCUCCUGCAAACAGCAACGUCUCAUCAGCAAGCUGUCCGACGGGCCUUGCACUCAUGAGCCGGGCUCGGGUUCUGGAGAUGGAGAUGAUGCUGAAGGCUCCACACCAGACCUUAGCCGCAAGUUCACCAAAUGUAGCACCUGCAAGUACGGCGCCGAGUGCGAUGAAGACUCUGAGGAUGUGUGGUGCAUCUGUAACAUCGACUGCAGCGGUCACAAUGAGAACCCGGUGUGUGCCACAGACGGACACUCGUACUCCAACCCCUGCCUGGUCCGAGAGGCCUCCUGCAUGAAGCAAGAGCAGAUCGACGUGCGCCACCUGGGCUUCUGUGCAGCUGACAAGGAAAAAAUGGGAAAGAAGGAUGACAACAGCCCCUUCAAAGUCCUGGACACCGGAGUGGACCCAGGGGAGGGGGCUCGUGCUGGGGUGCCUGUGCCCUGCUCCAGCACCUACGCUGGAUACUGUGUUCACGGCAACUGUGAGAUGCACUACAACACCGCCACCUGCAGAUGUGAUGCGGGGUACAAGGGCCCUCAGUGCACUGAGCCCCAGGACUUCAACGUGCUCUAUGUCGUCCCCAGUGGACAGAAGCUGCACUACGUCUUGAUCGCUGCCAUCAUUGGAGCUGUGCAGAUCGCCAUCAUCGCUGCCGUGGUCCUGUGCAUCACCAGAAAAUGUCCGAAGAACCAGCGCGGUCGCCGACACAAGCAGAACCUGGGACACUUCCCCUCAGAGUCCAACUCGCGCAUGGUAUAGCUCUGCCCCCUUCUGGAGCCUUCUCACAAUUUGGGAGGGCAUCUGGACCACAGCAGAGGGCAGGGCUGGUAUACGGGGCCUUACCACUGGACCUCCCUCUUUUUUAGAGAGACUUCUGGUUCUAUGCCCAAUGCCUAGCUCCAAGGAACAAUGGCCUUGAUUGUCUUGUGGUGGAGGAGACGUCUGCAGCUUCUCCAGGUUUGGUCCAUGAUUUUGGGUCAUCAUUUUGGUUGGUUCAUUCUGAUCUGUGAUAUUAUAUUAUGGACUUUGUUACUUCUAAGGUUGUGUUAUUGUCUUGUAAAUGAAACCUAAUUUCUCAUGUCAAAUUUAAGUCGAGACACUGCAGGUGAAUAGGAUCAAAUCUUAAAUGUAGAGAUAUACAUUUCAAAUUUCUUCUGUAGUUUACUUAGGUGAGUGUAAGAAAAAAAUAUAUUAAAGUUUUUCAUCAUGUAAUGUUAAGGCAUUUUAUGUGUAAAAAUGGCCAAAAUUGACCAUUUUUGGGACAUUCUUAUUUCUUUCUUUUUUUAUUUUAUUUUAUUGUAAUAUUAGAUACUAAAACAUACAGAAGGGAUUUUGGAUCAUAUUUAGAAUUUGAGUAAACUAAAUCUCACAGAAAAAUUGCCUAAAUAAUCAAAUUUUGCCAAUUUUUUUUAACUUAAAAUUUGAAUAAUUCAGACUUGGAAUUAGAUAUCAACAAAUCCUUUUGUACGUUUCAUCAAAAUCUUGUUAAGUACAAGACUGUAAAGUCUGGUGUAUAGUUGCUACUUUAAGGGUGAUCCUCAUGUCCCAAUGGGGGGAAAAUGCAUUUUGAGGAAACCUUUGAAGUUACACUGUCUCAUAUGACUCCAGGGAUGCAAGUUGAUUGAAUUAAAUACAUCUUUCAUUACAGAGUGGAGAUUUUUUUUGUUUCCACAUGAAAGCUUGUUGCUAAGAGACCAAACUGACCAAAAAACUAAACAUAAAAAAGAGUUUUCCCCUAAGUGUCUCCCCUUAAAUGUUUUUGUUUCGUUUUCCUCCAUCUUCAGACAUUGACCGUUGAAUGUUUUAUGAAUUACCUGGAAUGUAAAAGCUGAUCACCAAAUCACUUUCUGUUUUUUGUUGCCAUCAAUUCAUUUUAGUACUUUUUAUCACAAAAAAUCUACAUGAUGUUGCAUUUGUAAAAAAAAAACUGGUAUGAAAUUAACACAUACAUAAAACAAAUAAAAUAAUAAUGAGUACAUUUCCCCAAUGCAUCUUUGUGAGAAAAACAGUAAUGCAUUGUACUUUGUUUGAUCUUUUUUGUUUGUUUGUUUGUUUGUUGAUCUGGUGUUUCCAUGGACCUUUCCCACUGAUGCUCACAGCUCAGGUUUUGAACAAUAUGUCAUAUGUUUUAUAUUUAUUGACAUUAUUGACAGUUUUAAAGCUGCACUUAACCUUACAGCACAGUAACAGCACAGUCACAGUAUAGUAAUAACAUUGUAACUGGAGUAGCCUUGUUUCCUUAUUAAGCUAUUACCAAAUUUUUCCCUGGGAUCCAGAAGUUAUACUUUGCAGUGACAUAUACCUCUAUGGUAGAAUCGUCAGCAAUGCACACAUUAGCAAUACGAGCAUUCAUGAUCUUGUUCCAGCUAAGUCAGUUCUUUCCGGUCAGAUUGUAUUAAAACAAAGCCCUGAUUAAAGUCUAACUUGAGUAACAAAGCUUCAGACAGGGCAGUCCUUCCAGUUAGCGUCACACCCCCAGAGAACACUGGUGACAUCAAGUAUCAAUACACACUUGUCCGAUAUUUUACAAAGAUGUGAACCUAAUCUCCAGUGAAUCUCCUUGAUUUCAGAUGGGCGUGAUUGACAGGUAAAUUAGCCAAUCAGGGACACACAUGGUCCAUUUGUAUCAAAACAAAUACAGCUUUUGAAGACAUUUUUUUUUUUUUUUUUUUAGAUAAUUCACUGUCUUGAUACUGGGUUAAGGUCUCUAUUGGAUUAAUGAUUUUCUUUUUGUUCCUUUUCUCUUAAAACCUUUUUGGCAGCGUUUGCUACUGUGUGCACUGUAUCACCGUGGUAACUGCUGUACAUUCCACCAUACACAUAGAUACAGAACACCGCACCGUGAUGUUACUGCAAAUUGUCAAUUACUGUGCUGUAUAGUGAAGAGUUACCAGUGUUUAUUAGAGUUUAUAUAGAGUCUUAAUUUCCUGGUUUUGUCCUUGCAUUAUUGUUGCUUUUGUUGUUGAAAAUGAAUCAUCUUUCCAAAAGCACAGCCCAUUGUUCAGCGUUUGUGCGUCCAGCGUUAACAUGUUUGUAUUGAUUUGUUUUUUCGUUUCAAAUGUUGUUGUUGUGGUGAGUUCUGAUUGGACGGUCAGAGGAGAGGAGGGGUCUACAGUGAUGUCCUGUACUUGUCGUAUUCUGUGAACUGGAACUGUGUUAUGACCACUUUUUCUGCAUGUUUCCCAUUGGACUCAGGAGCCAUUUUAAGCCCCGCCAAAAUAAAACUUCUUUCUAC